GCUGCAGGAGUGGCCGGCGAGGUCCCGCCUCUGUCCCGGGAAAGUGUGGGGGAAGGGGCAUCUCGGCGGCGGGUGCGCGCCGCGGUGGUGUGGAGGCAUGGCUGAGCGAGCUGUCACUCUCGGCAUCGACCUGGGCACCACGUCUGUGAAGACAGCCCUGGUGGAGGCCGCGCCCGGAGACUCGUCCGGGUUUGUGGUCCUGGCGAGCUGUGCCAGGGCUGCGCGGGCCGAGACGGCCCCCCGGAGCGCAGCGGCCGUGCCCCAGGGGCAGGAGCAGGAUGUGAGUAAAAUCAUCCAAGCCCUGCACGAGUGCCUGGCUGCCCUUCCCCGGCAGGAGCUCCGGAGAGUCUGUGGCAUUGGAGUGUCAGGCCAGAUGCAUGGAAUCAUGUUUUGGAAAACAGGCCAAGGUUGCAAAUGGACAGAGGGCGGGGCCGCCCCUGUGUUUGAGCCCCGAGCUGUGAGCCACCUGGUCACGUGGCAAGACGGCCGCUGUAGCCGCGGGUUCCUGGCCUCUCUGCCCCGGCCAGAGUCCCACCUCAGUGUGGCCACAGGGUUUGGCUGUGCAACUGUCUUCUGGCUUUUGAAAAAUAGCCCAGAGUUCCUUGAGUCCUACGACGCGGCUGGUACCAUCCAUGACUAUGUGGUUGCCAUGCUGUGUGAUUUGCCAAGACCCUUGAUGUCCGACCAGAAUGCUGCCAGCUGGGGAUAUUUCAACUCCCAGAGCCAAAGCUGGAACUUGGAAAUGCUGAGGGCCUCCGGCUUUCCAAUCCAUCUGCUCCCAGACAUCUCAGAGCCUGGCAGUGUGGCAGGCAGAACUUCCCGAGGGUGGUUUGAGAUCCCCAAGGGGACACCUGUGGGCGUGGCCUUGGGGGAUUUGCAGGCCUCUGUCUACUCCUGCAUGACUCAGAGGACAGAUGCAGUUCUCAACAUCAGCACCUCGGUUCAGUUGGCAGCCUCCAUGCCUGUGGGAUUUCAGCCUCUGCAGACUCCAGACCCUGCUGCUCCGGUUGCCUACUUCCCGUACUUCGACAGGACCUACCUAGCCGUGGCAGCGUCCCUCAAUGGGGGCAACGUGCUGGCCACGUUCGUCCACAUGCUGGCCCAGUGGAUGGCAGAUCUAGGCCUGGAGGUUGACGAAUCCUUGGUGUAUUCACGCAUGAUCCAGGGUGCGACGCAGCAGAGAGACACAGGCCUAACCAUCACCCCAACGGUGUUGGGUGAGAGGCACCUGCCAGACCAGCUGGCAUCAGUGACCGGAAUCUCCUCCUCUGACCUCUCCUUGGGGCACGUGACCCGGGCCCUGUGCCGAGGCAUUGUCCAGAACCUGCAUUCCAUGCUUCCCUUUCAGCAGCUCAAGGAGUGGGGAGUGGAGAGGGUGAUUGGGAGUGGAAGCGCGCUGUCCAGGAAUGAGGUGCUGAAGCAGGAGGUGCAGAGGGCUUUCCCCUUCCCCGUAUCUUUCGGGCAAGAUGUGGAUGCAGCUGUGGGAGCAGCACUGGUCAUGCUGCAGAGAAGCCUCAACCAGGGCCCUUAGGUAGUAAAUUCUUUGGGCAAGGGACUGCUGCUGAUUUUAUCAAAUUAACCUUUCUGACAUGAUCUGGGGCCAUCUGUUUCCUAGAGGACGAUGUGGGCAGCUUUUAAGCAGUGCUUGUUUCUGGAGCACCAUCCUGAGCAAGAACUUACUUCUAGGGGACACUCUAAUGUAGCUAAGAGUCACCAAACAGACCCCAAAUCAGGACCUUCUGAAUGCGACUCACCUGGUUGCAAAGUUAAAUAUAGAAAAGAGAGAGAAUCAAGGAAAAGGAGCAGUAGUCCAGCAUCCUUGUCAGGAGGCUCAUCAAUGAUUCAUCGGUGGACAAAGAGAAAAUAAAUGUGAACAUUGGACACCAAAAAGUCUGGUGACUGCAGACUCCAAGUAAGGAAAGAAGACCCCUACUCUGCAUCUGACUUCUGGAUCAGUUGUUUUAAUGGACAUAAAACCUGGACUUGGGUCACAUGGACAUAGACUGGUGGGCAAGUCCUUCUCCCCGGAUUGUACCAUGUGACCCUGACAUCCUGUGACCUUUCUCAUUUCCCCCUGACCACAGCUGGUUAGCUGGGUUAGGCUGUGCCCAGGGUCCUGAGGCAGGCUGACUGCGAUGAGGGUGCAGCUGUGCCCUGGCCUUCUUCCAUGUGUCCUGCCUUCUCUUGCCCCAAGGAGAGCCUGCUGCACAGAGGCUGCCUUGGGUACUCACAGCCAGCUGGUUAGAAGACCCAUGGUGUUGAGGGAAGGCAGAUGGCCUGACCGGAGAGGGUGAUGGGGCUGUGCGGCCACCACCCUUCAGUCACAUUGUUUCUAGGGCCCAACCAGGUACCAGAGGAGCCCUUUCCCAGGAGAGAAUCAGGAGGGUGUUUUGGGCUCCUCACAUCUCCAGGAAGCAUCUCCAUCUGUGUCCAAGGGAGAGGGGAGGGACGCAGAUGGGCAGACUCCUGCAGGAGUGGUGGCCAACGUACUCACUGAGAAUCCCUUCUGCAGGCCUUGCUCUUCUCAUGUACGGGCCCUGCUAGCCCACGUGUGUGCUGGCUCACAGACACAUCCCUUGAGCUGACAUCCCUGGAGGAUGUCCCAGUCCAUCUUAAACCUUCCUGUGGUUGGUGAGGAUGAGGAAGGAAUAGCUUCGGGAAAGUGUCUGCACCCAGACUGCCAAAGGUGAGCCCAGGCCCAGGCAGGCCUCACUGAGACACCUGGGUAAAUUGUGCUUGGGAUGCAGACACGUUGUCUCGCUGUAAAUGUUAUUUCAUGAAUUAUGUGAUUGUUGGAAGCUCUUCAAUUAAUCUGUCUGAGUGUGAUAAUUGAAUUUCAGAUAUUAAAGCUCAUUC